AUGAAUUUAGUAAAACUUAAUAAAAAAAUUAAAAUUUUGGAAUACGAUGUAGACAGAUUGGAUGUUGAAUAAAAUUUUGAUGAGGCUGAAAUUAAAGAUUAAGGUAUAUUUUUACUUAAAUAAGAAUUAAAAUUGAUAGUGAAAGAGAAAAAUAUACUUAUUGAAGAUGUAAAGAAUUUGAGAAAGUAUUUAGAGGGAUUAAGAAAAGCCCUUGAAAGUAAUAAUAUUUUAGAAACUAAAAUUGCAUUAGAUCAAAAAUUAGCUUCAGCCAUUUAAAAAACAAAAAAAUUGUUAAUAAUAAGAGAAAGAAUUAGGGAGACAUUGGAAGAAUAAAAUGAUGAAAAUAGAUAAUAUCUCUAUCCAGAUGAAUUAUAAGAGGAAGAGGAAAAAAAAUUCACAAAAAUAAAGAAUAAAACGAAAGCAAUAAAAAAACUAUAAUAUCCAUCUUCUAAUUGCAACCAGGUAUUUAAACCACUAGAACUAUAAUAAAAUUAAAAUAAACAGCAAAUGAAUUAAAUUGAAAUAAAUCUUUAUAAUUGA